CCUCAACAUUACAACUUGCAUUACCUAUGCAUUUUUCAAUCUUCUCUAUAAUGUUUAAGAGUGAAAACCGCAGGAAAUAUUAUAUCUGUAUUAUUUCGAGGGGGUGUCUGUCUUAGAAAACUGAGCAAAUCAUGCUUUAAUAAUAACAAUAGUAAACAAGGCAUGUACGACGUUUGGUAUACGUCCUCAGGGUAGUGUAAUUUUCAUGUGUCAGGCAUUUAUAACGCCGUGGCGCACGAAGCGUUCGACCGUUCGUGUUCCUACGCGCCGACCGUAGCACGCAGUGCACGCGUAAUCCGCCGUGAUCAUCGAGAUCGACCGUGCGCGUCGAGAUACAAACAGUCGCGAGAAGAUUGCUUUAUUUUUUUGCUUGCUGUUCGUGCUCGCACACUUCAAACGUAUUUUCUCGCUGCUCGUCCCAUUGCCGUGUGCGACGAAAUCGGGCGUAAUCUCUCAGGUACCAACGGGGGUUUCCGGUGGCGCUGGUGUUGCAGCCGUCCUGUUGUUAGAGAACGGAGAGAAAGACGUGCGGUGUUGCGUGACUGGGUGCGAGCGACCGUAGCGUGUGUGUUUGUUGUGUUGUAAGCGAAUUAAAAAUCCUUCAUACCUUCUUUUUCGUAAACGUGGAUGCGUACGAAGUGAAGAAAGUAAAAUUGAGAACGAGAGAAACGAGAAAGAAGCGAGAGAGCGAGAGAGAGAGAGAGAGAGAGAGAGGGAUCGAGCGAAAGGGAGAGCGCAAAAGUGUGAGAGAGAGAGAGAAAGAGAGGGAGAGAGAGAGAGAGAGAGAGCACGAGAGCGUGAAAAGUACACGCGUUAGAAAGAGUGAAAGAGACACCGAGAGAGAAAGAAAAAAAAAAAAUUAUCGCCUAAUCUGCUUCGCGAGUUCGACUGUCCGUCCGUCUGUCUGCACGACUAAGAGAGAGAGAAAAGAAUAAGAGAGACAAACAUGUCGUCCUACAUCCAGGUCGCUGAAGAUGAAGGCGAGGAGCCUAUCGAACUACCCACCGAAGAUGACACCACACUCUUACUCACCACUUUGUCCGCCCAAUUUCCCGGCACCUGCGGCCUCAAGUACCGAAACCCGGAGUCGCGUACGAUGCGCGGAGUUCGGCUGGUUGACGGACGCUUGCAUCCGCCCGAGAACGGCUGGGGCAAAGCCAUCUACUUCUGCGUAUUCCCCAAAGAGAACAAACGUAAAUCUGAUGACAAUUUGGAAAAUUCCACAGCUAAGACUAAAAGAAUGGAAACGAAGUUGCGUUGCACUGAUCUGAUUGUACUUGGUUUGCCAUGGAAAACUACGGAACAGAACUUGCGCGAGUAUUUCGAACAAUUUGGUGAAGUUUUAAUGGCUCAGGUAAAGAAAGAUGCAAAAUCCGGACAAAGCAAAGGAUUUGGUUUUAUUAGAUUUGGAAGUUAUGAAUCACAAUUGAGAUGCCUCGCUCAACGUCAUAUGAUAGAUGGCAGAUGGUGCGAUGUCAAGGUUCCCAACAGUAAGGAGGGAAUGAUUCAGCAAGUACCCUGCAAGGUAUUCGUCGGCCGCUGUACAGAAGACCUAACCGCUGAUGAUCUGCGAGACUAUUUCUCCAAAUUCGGCGAAGUCACGGACGUGUUCAUCCCGAAACCUUUUCGCGCGUUUUCGUUUGUCACUUUCCUAGAUCCCGAAGUCGCCCAGUCGCUCUGCGGCGAGGAUCACAUUAUCAAGGGCGUGUCGGUGCACGUGUCGAACGCCGCGCCCAAGUCGGAAGGCAAUAACAAGAACUUCAAUAACCAAGUAAACUCAAACAUGCGGGGUCGAGGCGCGCCGGGACCCGUCGAUAAUAGCGUGCAGGGCAACUACCAGGGAAACCGUUACAUGGGCCACUCCGGCAAUAACAUGGGCCCAAACGGCUGGAACAAUCCCGGGAAUCGCGGCAACCUAGACAUGCCCAACCUGCAGGCCCUGGGCAUUACCGGGCAGAACAACGGCGGCGGCGGCGGCGGCGGUAUGUCGAAUCCGUUAGCCAUGGGCAGCUUGAAUUUGUCCGCCUUGCCGGUCAACCCGGCCUUAAUGGCUGCUUUGAAUCAGGCUUCCUGGGGCUUAAUUGGUAACCUGCAGAAUCAGGGAAACGACCAAAGCUACUCGAACCAGCCGGGCCCGCCGGGCCAGCCGCCCUCCGGCAACAACAGCAUGGGCAAUUCCGGCAACUCCGGAUUUCUCAGUUGGAUGAAUCAAGGUGGCGGCGAUGGCAACACCGGCAACCCGGCCACUGGCGGCCCCGGCCCGAAUAAUCCGAACGCCUCUCAAGGCGCCUGGCAAAAUCAUCCGGGCCAACGUGAUCAGAAGUCGAAUACAUUUCUCAAGUACGAGUAAAUUCAACCGGGGCCGUGGGUUUACUCGUAAUAGACGGAUUCUCUCCGCGGGUCCCGGCGCACGUACCUUAACGAACAACGUCGUCGGCGGUCAACAACAGGUCGAGGAUACGACGAAGCGCGUCGUUCCCGGGAAGAAGGGCCGGGCUCUGCUACGUUGACGUUUUUUCGUCAGCUUCGAUUGAGUACCUCCCCCCCCCCNCCGGACCUGCCGCCGCUCUUCUUCUCUUACAGGACCGACGAAUUAGCGCAAUUCCGUUUGUUGCAAGAGUUAGGGCGUGCGAACACGGAUAGCUCCGAUCAUUGCGUAAACUCUUUUGUAUGAUUUCGUCGUCUGAGAGCGUGUCAUGAUUUCUGUGUGAGUUUAAUAUUUGUACAUCGAGUGUGUAUCUGCGUGGCAAGUUAUACAACUGAAUAUGUAUGUAUGUGCUUAGUGUAACGACUGGUACAUAUUAGAGAUACUUGGCGCGAGAGUUGAGAUCGAGAGAGAUUCAAGUUGCUUUUAUAAUCGGUUGUCGUUUGAUCGAAUGGCCAAUAUUUUCUCUCGCUUAUAUUGUGUGCUGAAAAAUACUAUGUUUUCUUCCUUCAUGCGUAUAUAUAUAUAUAUAUAUAUAUAUAUAUAUGUAUGUAUGG